GACGUUAAUCAAUCUAUGAAAUGAAGCUAUUCAUGAGACAAGAAAACUGACUAGGAAAGAUGAGAGUUUCUGAAACUCGAAAUCAAUGCACGCUCGCUGGUACUUGGCUAUGCAAAUGCUACCUUGUACGCCGAAACAGAGGGCCAAGAGAGAUAAAUAACAGAAGCCAGAGAGUAGUCGGAUGUAAGAAGGCCAGCUUGACGGCAAGAAAUAACACACUGGAGCACUGAGUCGUGGAAACAAAGGGUGAGCGGGUAUCUCGAAACGAAGCUGAUCGGUAUGCUCGCUGUGUGCAGGAGAUGGGGGGGGGGGGGG